AUGGAGAAGAUCGGGAUUUCGCUGGACCAUUUCUCCAACACCGUGCAGACGCUGCGGUGGGAUUCCAAAGACUUCUCCCAGGGGUCUCCAGCCAGCCCGUACUUGGAGCAGCUGCGGAACCAGAUCGACGAGCUGGGGCGCCGCAUCCCCUGCGCGGGCGGCGGGUCGAUCCCGCACGCGACGCAGCGGGUCGUCUGGCGCUGGGCGGAGGCGCGGGUCAUGCAGGAGUGCGUGGAGGUCAUCGCCAAGUGCGGGAGGAAGAAGACUCAGGAGGCUGUCUUCUGCAUGGCGGAGGACUUCGAGAAGCUGCGAAGCGCUAUGCGAGUCAGCUUCAAGGUCGCGGACUGCUCUGAGGACCGUGGGCCCGUGGAUUCCUGA